CAGCAAACACUCACGUUCCUCAACCCCCUGUCACUCAAGCACCAUGCUUCCCAAAACCAUCAUCACCAUUCUUACCACCCUCACUGCGGCGCAGGCCUCGCCACUUGCCAAGCGGGCCGUUGUCCCCCACGACAGCAUCACCCCGUUCGCUGAGACGGUCCCCAACGAUGCCGUCGGCAACGCCUUCAAGAAAUUUGAGCCCUACCUUCACAUCGCCCACGGCUGCCAAUCCUACCCAGCUGUCGCCGCCAACGGCGAUACCAGUGGAGGCCUCCAGGACACCGGAAGCGCGACGGGCGGCUGCCGCGACCAGUCGCGAGGCCAGACCUACGUGCGUGGAGGCUGGUACAACGGCCGCUACGGGAUCAUGUACGCCUGGUACAUGCCGAAGGACAUGCCGACCAGCGGGGUCUCGACGGGGGCGCACCGCCACGACUGGGAGAACGUUGUCAUCUGGGUGAACAACCCCAGCAACGCCAGCCCGACGCUCCUCGGGGGCGCCGCCUCGGGCCACGGCAAGUAUAAGAAGACGACCAGCCCGCCGCGCCAGGGCGACCGCCCCAAGGUCGAGUACUUCACCAGCUUCCCGACCAACCACGAGCUGCAGUUCACGGAGACGCUGGGCCGGGACCUGGCGCUCGUGGCGUGGGAUUCGCUGCCGCAGGCCGCCAAAGAUGGGUUGGAAGGCGCAGACUUUGGCAAGGCAACGGUGCCGUUCAAGGAUGCCACGUUCAUGAACAAUCUCGCUAAGGCGGCGCUUUAGAUUGCUUUCGGAGAGAGACUAGCCCCCUCGUUGACCCUCGAUGAGGUCUCUACAUCAGUACUAUGAGGUGUAUUGAAGGAUUUAGUCUCACCGCUCUUGAGCUCAGAGAACGGUUGUUGUGACUAUGAAUCUUUUACUGUGUUUUGGGUUGACAGAAUAUAUCUUUUGGGACUCCGUGUUCGGCAUCGUUGACCUUCCAUACC